GUUAGUUUGAAAUACGUGUUAUGGAUUCUCUGGACUCUAGUAACAGCAGCACGAGCCGGAAUGGAUCGAAUAGUAGUAGCGGAGGAGCAUCAACGCCAGGCAGCUCAGUCGCUCCCAGUUCAUCGGCACUGCAAAACGAACAAGUCCAAAACAUGCCGUCCUCUGCGCCCAUCGCUGUUCAACAGCCGGUAAGCAAUGUCCAAGGAGUCGUUCCAGUAGAUUACUCACAAGUUCACCGGCCGCCGAGUUCACCUCCCCAAUUCAGCAUGAACAACACGGCUGGAGGUGUCCCGACUAUGAUAAACAAUCAAGGCAUGAAUGGAAUGGUUCAUCCAGGUGUCCAAGGAGUGAAGAUGAUGACGGCACAGCCGAACAAUGUCCAGGUGCAACAGUACAUGGGAGGAGCAGGCGAUCCUUUGGAUCCAAAACAUCCAUCAAUGCUCAACCAGGUCCUGAGUCCGAUGGGAGCGAUGUCUGGAAUGUCAGUGAAUUACAAUGACGCUACCGAAGCGAACAAGAUGUUCAUUGGGGGACUGUCGUGGAAUACGAAUGACAGCAUGUUGUACAGACAUUUCUCCCAAUUUGGAGAGGUAGUGGAACACUGCGUGAUGAGAGAUGCGGCUACUCAGAGGUCGAGAGGAUUCGGGUUUGUGAAAUUUGCUGACCCAGAAUCUGUCGAACGGGUUUUGGCUCACGUUCAAAACGUAGGGCCACAUGUGAUUGACGAGAAAGUGGUAGACCCCAAGCGAGCUGUUCCGAAGUACCAGAGCAAACUGAUAAAUAAGACGAAGAAGGUGUUUCUGGGAGGACUGCAUCCGGACACUACCAACGAAGAUGUGCAGAUGCACUUCAGUCGCUUCGGAGAGGUAGAGGAAGUGAUGUUGAUGUACGACCGGACCACCCUUCGUCUUAGAGGAUUCGGAUUUGUAAAGUUUGCCGCUGAAGAAGCAGCCGAAAAUGCGUGCCGUGAGCACUAUCACGAAAUCAAAGGCAAAAUGGUGGAAGCAAAGAAAGCUCAACCAAAAGAGGCGAUGCAGAACAACACUCAGCUCAAGAAGUGGUCAUAUGGUCCUAUUCCCAUGGGCGCUCAACAAGAUCCCAAUGUACCCUACUACAUCAAUGGUCAGAGGAAUGCCUUUUUGGGAAACGGGUCCAUGGCUAAUCCUUUCAACGGCGGAUUCGCACAGUUUCCCUAUUCGCCGGUCUUGAACUAUGCUGGAAGUCCGACCUUCCAAGUUGGUUCUCCGCUUGGCGGACACCUGACAUCAGACAGAACUGGAACUCCGAACGGUCUUUUCUUUGGAGAACUAAUGUCCUCGCCAUUUAAUGGACAGCUCCCCACCCGUCCAACUGCCAUGAGUCCCUCGCCCUUGGACACCCUGGCCCGCGAGAACUUCUUGAGCACCCUGCCCUACAUUGGAAACGGGUCUCCCAGAGGUCCUGGAGGAAUCACUAGUCCUCCCCUGCCAACUACCCUGGACAACCCACAUGACUAUGCUGCUGGAAUCCUCGCAACCAGUCCCCAGAAUACUGGAUUCCAGUUCGGAUCACCUUUUGGAUUCUCAGCUGUUCCUCCCGCUAUGGUAGCCGCUUACCAGGGGUACGGAAAUCAGUAACUUCGACUCAAAUCUUGCCGACUGCUGUCUGUCGUUUCUCAAAUGAAAAUCUCUUCAAAAUGCAAAAUGGUUCAGAAAUGGUUGCGAUGAACAGCAAUGCAACAAACAAAACUUACCUAUAAAUCUAAUCUUCAAUGUGGCUGCUUAUGAAUAUGAUGAUUCAUGUUAACUAGUUAACUCCGGAUUAGUUAUUAGUAAUCUUUCGAUCUAGUCUUACGAACAGUGAUCUGAUUGGUCUGAUCUCAUCUGUCUUCUUCGUUUGUUUCGUUAUUUAUACAGUGUACCUAGUAUAUUAGUUGAAGCAGUAGUCAUAGAAAUAGAUGUUACUUAAAUUUCCUUACAAAGCCACGCCGUACAAUACCAUACCAUAGAGCAGUAGUUCAAAGACCGCAAAAAUAUUCCCCAUUUCCAAAGUAUAUUGGCGUUAGAAAUUUAAUUUACUUAGCGACAGACAUUUGUUCUUCUUUACACGAUUUUAGUUUUCAGUUUACACUCGAACGUUAGUUUUAGUGUAGAUAGACUUAAAUGUUGCAGCUUGGGCAAAAUCAUCCUUUUGACGAUCUAGGACACCGCUUAUUUUGUGAUUUAAAUCAUCAUCCUCAUAUUUUUAUGGUUCAGAGGGGUGACCUAGUAACAAUUGUGUGCUCUAAAAUUUCUGUACAGUGCUUAACUGAGUAUUGACUGAAUUCUGGGCUAUGUAAAAUGUCAAAACAUAAGCUGUAUACUGAUAAAAUGUCAAUUAGAAAGAAUAUCAUUUCUCGGCCUUGACGGCCGUCCGUGCUAGCUGAUCAAAUGUCUUAUUUUGCGCUUUCUUUUCGUCUCCUAUCCAAACUCAAGCCGAUUAUGACUCUUACACAAUUUGACCCUUCAUGAACUUUUCCUUCCCUCCCAAUCAUUUCUCCUCUGUGCUUCGCAUUGACCUGUCUUGUUGAUGGAUUUUCAAGGAUCACACAAACACUAAAACAAGUCCCGAAGUGAUGUAUUUUCUCUUCGUUUUGUUUUCUACAAAGUAAAGUUAGAUGAAACUUUUGAAAAAGUUAGAAGUAGUUAUAGAUGGUAGCUAGUGUAGUAAUAGGAUUAUUAGUUAAACUUGAGUAGUAAUGGCCUUGAUGGUAACAGAGAAGCCUUAAAGUGCGUCUCUCUAAACCCGCGUCACCUCUUCCCACCACCACCAUCAUCCCACAAGUAAAACAAACCAACACAAUCUUCAAUUGCACUUUGAAUCUAAUCACUCAAUUAAACCACCACACUCAAAAAUCACAGUUUCCCUGUUACUGUGCUUCACAUUUUCAACUAAAUGAGAGCCGCCAACCCACCCCCUCCAACUAAACUCGCCAACGACUGAGAGAGUAGUUGAUGAUUGAUCUUCAAAUAGCGAUGUGAAUUAUUAUCUAGCUUUUUGAUGUUUGUUUCGAUUAACUCGUUGAAAAGCAUCUGAAGAUUUUGUGCAUUUUGGAUGUAUCUGCUUUUCACUUUUUCAUGUCGACAUUUUAUGUUAGCAUCUCCAAUGUCUUGUGCUUUUAAAUGUAUGUAAACAGCUAAAUAAAAACACGAAUUGCAACUCAAUCAUAAUCGAAAUGUGCAUUUUAUAUGAUAGUCAAGUGAUCUGAGGGAGACUAAUUUACUUUUCUAAUGAAUUAAAUUUGAUUUGGGCGCCUAAAAAUUUGUAGCGUACUGAAACAUCGCUAAACCAUCUACAUUUGAAAUGCGUUGAUGAUGAUCACUUUUUGAGCGUUUCAGGUUAAGCUCAAUGGGUACUAAUCAAAGUUCGCGAUAUGUUGACUCAAACUAAUACGAAGAAUCAAGGUCAACUCAAGCAAAUGAUGAUGCUAUUUUUGUCUCCCUCUGGUUAGAGAACAAGUUUUGUAAUCAGAAGAAGUUGAACUAUGGUGUCAGCCUUCAUCGCAUCUAGCAUAGCCUCGAAUGCUUUGCUAAAACAAUAGAGUUCCAUAAUUUGAUGUCCUCAGAUAAUUGACAGAAGUUUGAAAUGCCCCAUAUACGCUAGGAUAAUAUCAGCAAAGUAUCGAACGUGCAGACGCCAUGAAGUCAUUUCACGGGUAAUGAGUGAUGUCCAUGUAUCUUAUCUCAGCGCCUUUUUCACCCUCAAUCCUCUUGAGUUCGGUAACUAAAGAUAAAGGCAAUUCGUUCUAAAUUUUACAUUCAUAAGAGUUCCACAAAGCAAAGCUCGCUUUGCAGAAAGUUAUUGAAGUUAAUCGAGAUGACAGAAAAGUUUUCUUAAAAAUUGAUUCAAUGUCGUAAUGGGCAGUUAAUUAAAAUGUAGUGUGCAUGAAACGAUUCAGUGAUUGACGAUUGACUUGUUUUUCAACUGAAUCUUGGACUUGGAACCCUUCCCUCAAAUGUUACUUACCUGACUUUCGUAGCGCAAUCAGCCAUGUAUUUAACUUGCUUUCCAUUUACACAUAGAUAAGGUAGAUUAAUAGUUAUAUUAUUUAUCGUAGCUUUUAAAAACUUCUGGCCGAAUUGGUGAUUUAUAUUCUGCAAUAUGAAUUGGUCGGAUAUUUGAACGUUCACAAUACAGUGGAAUUAUUCGAGAUCGGAUAAAAGAUAUCGUUUCAUACUGCAGAAAAAAUUGGAUUAACUGUAUAUCUCUAUCUUCUUUCGUUCUUUCCGAGUUUUAAUUUCGGCCGAGCACGAAUGCCGACCUCUCGUAGCUUUUAAACGACCGCGCUUUUGGUGGCUGGAUAGGAUAGUUUAAAUAAUUAUAACUACAGUAUUUAAUAGAUUAGAUGGAAAUGUCGAUGCUUUGAGAGUGAUAUGAUAACUAUGAUGACAGUGAUGAUGAAAAACAUGAAGUAAUAAUAUGAUUUCAUGUUACAACUUGAAUGGUGCAAAGUUAACCCAAAACAAAUGGAAACAUGAGUGACUAUUGUUAUAGAUCUACUUGAAAAAUCACCCUCUGUAAAUAUGAAAAAAGAUAGAAUAUCAAGUGUUAAGAAUACAAAUAGUCGUCUUUUGAAAUGAGGGUUUGUUAAAAAGAGAUCUUAAGUGACUCAUGUAGUGUAUUUGUUCGUGUGAGUUUCAUUCUUCUGGAGUGCGGAUGGGUUCAAUUCAAACGGAAGGUGCUAUCAAUGCUUGAUUUGAUUUUUUUUCGAUUUGAGUGAUUGAAGGUAGUCAGUAAAUAGUAGUGGUAGACCAAGAUAGUCCAUGAUAGAACUAGACUAGACCAUAGAAUAGUAGUGUGAUACUCCUCUCAUAGUGCUGUGUGAUUAGAACACCGGUAAGUCAUUGGGUUAAGUUAAUUUGCUGAAUUUUCAUUAGCAACUUUUUCAAUCUUCUUUCUGCUUUACACUGCUGAUGUAGAUCUUAGAACGCUAGGUAGAAAGUGUAGUUGAUUAAUAAUUAUAUUAGAGAUAACUGUUAGUGGUUAUUUGUUGUUUUGCAAAACAAUUACCGUUCCUCAAUCAUUUGCCAAUCUGAGAGCAGUUUUCAACGUUAUGAUGAUCAUGCCUAUUUGGAACCAACUUAUAUUUUUUUCCAAUUUUCUUCUCCCUGAACAAAAAAUUUGAAACAUAUGUGCUACCGGUAAUUUUUUUCCUUUUGAAGGGGUGAAGUUUGAGUUGUAAUUUUACAGUAAUGAUUUUGAUGCUACCAUUACGAUGUAUUGAUGUAAAUCCUUCUUGACAUUUAUUGAUGAUUUUGUUAAAUAGUUUAACAGUAGCGCCUAAGCCCUUUCGAUUGAUCAAAAUUUUUAGUCAUCGACAUUUAUAAGUUCAGCAAUACUGUAGUUGAAUAAUUUAUUCAAAGUUAGCUCACUAUUUUCUCCUUAAUAUUAGAUAUUUUCUGAGAUUAGACGACAAUUAGCUGCUCUUUUUGUCUUUGUUUAUACGUUAAAUAAUGAUGCAGAUAGUACAUUACAAGUAAUGCCACACCAUCCUAUACCGCGCUCUUUCUCUUUUGUUCUAGAUGAAAUCAAAUUAUUUGGUUGCUUGGAAUUAUAACUCUUCUUAACAUGA